AUGGAUUAUCAUAAGUGGUUAACGAAGCUGCUUCACUAUGAUUUUGAGAUAUUGUACAAACCAGGAAUUGAUAAUAAGGCAGCGGAUGGAUUGUCAAGAAUGGUACAACCUCUUGGUACACUGUCUUGUCAGUGGUUAAUGGCGUUGACAGUUCCAACACCUUUACAAUUACAAGACUUAUAUAUGGAGAUUGAUAAUGACGAGAAGAUUCAGGAGCUUUUAAAGGCGUGUCAAUCAACACCACAAGAAAAAUAUAGUUAUGAGAUCAGAGAGGAUUGCUUACUGAGCAAGUAUGGGCACUUCUUGGGACUUAACCACCCGUUCACUGCUCCUGAAGUGGCGAGUAAAUUCAUCGCAGAGAUAGUCCGACUUCAUGGGUUUCCAGCUUCAAUAGUUUCUGAUCGUGGCAGUACUUUCAUGAGUGCUUUUUGGAAAGAAUGUUUUCGUUUAGCUGGAACCAAACUGAAGUAUAGCACCGCAUUUCAUCCUCAAACGGAUGGGCAAACUGAAGUUUUAAACCGUUGCUUGGAAAUGUAUUGGAAACUGCGUCCUUAUAGGCAGAACUCUGUCACUAAACGCAUAUGCCAGAAACUUUAA